AUGGGCAUCUGCAAUAGCACCAGCAAUGAGGAGGCGGAGCAGAAGAAGAAGAGCCAACACAUAGACAAAAUUCUGGAAGAGGACUCUAAGAAGUUACGGAAGGAAUGCAAGAUCCUCCUGUUGGGCUCGGGCGAGAGCGGCAAGUCGACCAUUGUGAAGCAGAUGAAAAUCAUCCACCUCAAAGGAUAUUCCGAGGAAGAGCUCUAUAACUAUCGACCGACCGUCUUCAAGAACCUCGUGGAAUGCGCAAAGGCCGUCAUCAACGCCAUGCAGCAAUUCAACAUUGAGCCGCACCGGGAAGGCAACCAGGCUCACGCCGACUAUCUAUUAGAAUACCAAACAGAGUCCGGCCCUCAGGCGCACAUUGAGCCGCAAGUAGGUGCUGCUGUGCAGGCCAUCUGGAAUGACCCGGCCAAGAACCUGCUCAUGGAUCACCAAACCGAGUUUUACCUGAUGGACUCGGCCGAAUAUUUUUUCCAAGAAGCGGAUCGCAUCGUCGCGCCCGACUAUCUCCCCACAGAAAUGGAUGUCUUACGUGCGCGAACAAAGACGACGGGGAUAUACGAGACCCGCUUUCAAAUGGGCCAGCUUAGUAUACAUAUGUUUGACGUCGGCGGCCAGCGUUCUGAACGCAAGAAGUGGAUUCAUUGUUUCGAGAACGUCACAUCUAUCAUAUUCUGCGUUGCUCUGAGCGAAUACGACCAAGUCCUGCUCGAGGAGAGCAGUCAGAACCGAAUGAUGGAAAGUCUCCUGUUGUUUGAUAGCGUGGUCAACUCGAAAUGGUUCAUGCGAACGAGCAUCAUCCUCUUUCUAAACAAGGUCGACAUCUUCAAACAAAAACUGGGCCGGUCGCCAUUGGGCAACUAUUUCCCCGACUACUCGGGCGGCAGCGAUGUGAACAAGGCCGCCAAGUAUUUGCUAUGGCGGUUCAACCAGGUCAACAGGGCUCACCUCAACCUCUACCCACAUCUUACGCAAGCGACCGACACAUCGAAUAUCCGGCUCGUUUUCGCGGCGGUCAAGGAGACGAUUCUCAAUAACGCCCUGAGGGAUUCGGGUAUUUUGUGA